UCCAUAGAAGACAGACUCAGCCAACAUAUAUGGACCGUGAACAAACUCCGAACGCGCCACUUCUUCCGCCGCCGAUGCGGCCAACGGUACAUCAGGAUGACGCAGACGAAGAAGACGAAACUGUGAAGCAGCUCAACGAGUGUUCUUCUGUCUACUUAUCAUUACAGGAUUGUCUGAUCAAUUCUGACCGGAAUUGGAAAUCUUGUCAAAAAGAAGUUCAGGCUCUCAAGGCGUGUAAUGAUAGAAGACAGAAAGACAAGAGGAGUUGAGAAAUGAUUUGGUGUUCGUCGCUGAGACAGUUUUUUGAAGUUGGAGGCUUAUAGUUACUUUCUCUGCUGAUUUUUUCCCCAAUGGAGACUAAGAAAGAUAUACAAUGAUGACUGACUAUUAACUGUUGCUGGAAUUAAUAAACUCAGAUGAGUUAUGACUAAAACGUGUCUAUUUUCGUUGUGUGUUCUCUCUAUGAUUAUCUCGCUGGAUUUUUUUCUGGACAAAAUCAA